AACCGGAGAAGGCUGCACUCCGCCAAGCGCAUACAAAAUUGAACAAGGGGAGGUGGUUCUACACCUGUUGCAAAUAUACAGGCCAUCAGUGCGGUUUCUUCCAUUGGGCAGAUCAAGUAAUUGGUAAAGCUCAUAGCGCCGCCCAUCCACAAUCAAUAACAGACAUGGACAACACGCACUUCAUCGGUUUUCCCAACUCCCCACAUCAUACGCGUGCUCGUGGUGUCGCUUCAGCUGCUGCACACGGCUCCGGUGCGGUAACACCACCUCGCACUCCUGUAGCUCAGCGAACCAGACCCAGGUCGGGUGUGCUCCACACACCGGGCGGUUGGCCGGCACAAGAGGAGGACGACUUCCACACUUCACAGGAGUCGCCAAUCCCCCCACCCGCGAAUCUCGACUGGCCGGCGGCUCGGCCAUCCACUCCUUUCCGUCCUGAAAUCCAACAACCCAACAAUGCGCAUACACCGAGGACACCGAGCAGGGUCGCAGUGAGCGAACUACCGCGCACACCGGCAAACAUGUCUACACGAUCAAACGCUGCACCAGCGACGCCGAGCUAUCUCACACCUGUCACGAAUGAGCAGCUGAAAUUCCUCACUUCCCUGCCUCAUGAUUUUCGAAUGUCCUAUUCGAACGAGCUCACUAGCCUGGCCGAGCACCUCAAGCGGCAAGAUCGUCUCCACAGAGCUGGGGAGAAGACCGUAGACUUCCGCGAGAGGAAGAUAGAAGAGCUCAAGGCUGAAUUGGAGUCUUGUAAGCGGCAACUGGCUGACCUCGAGGCGUUGCGGCAAGAUCCGGACCUGUCUGAUUUGCAAGGCUUGGCCAGAAGAAGCGCGAAACACGAAGCACAGAUUGCGGAACUACAGGAACAGGUUGCUGCUCUGCAGGGACAUCGCCGGUGAACGUCUUCUUGGUUACUCAUUGUUCUUGGGAAUCAUUCUCGGUGCAUACAGCUUGUUUGUCCUUCCUGCGCGGACACUUUAGGCCACA